AUGGCCCCCGGAGUAGCUCCGGAACCAAAUUGUGCCACACAGAUUUGCUGUAAGACAGGAUCCACCUAUCUUCCCUAUUUAAAUAUAACUGGAUACCUCAGCAUCUCUUCAGGAUCCCAUAAUCUCACAGCCUGGUAUAAACUUAAGGAUAUACCAGACGCAACCCAGGGAAAGUUAUAUCCCAUGCAUAAACAGAAUAACAAUGGGCUAGACCCGAAGAAGUGUUAUAACACCCGGGAUCUAGAACCUGCAAAGUAUUGGUGCACACACUCAAUAACCCACAACACCACCAGUAUACAUUACACAGAGUUGUUCUUCAAUCUAACUGCCCCUCCAGGGAAGAUCAGCAAACCCAAGAUCUUCAUAUGGACCAGCCGGAGAGAAGGGACUUACUGUGUGGGGCAGUGCCAAAGCAGCAGGAUUGACUACACCAGCCCUCAGAACUGCUCAUGGACAGCACAUCACUGCUUCAACCUCACCACAUGUGGGUACCAUAAGCCCAACCGAUGCCCUACGGUAUAUCCUGCUCCUCCCGGCGGACUUAUCAAAGGCAACCUAAACAAAACUUUAAUACAUGAUGUUAAUUUAGUAAUGGCACAUGUAACGUAUAAUAUUUCGAAUCUGUUACCUCUAUAUCUAAAACAUUGUAAUGGCGAAGAUAAGACAUAUACCUGGUUACAAACGCGACUCGAGGACUUAGUCUCUGAUUACAAGAGCCGGCUUGCUAUUCAAGUAUCGUAUAAACGACCCAAACGAGAUUUAGUUGCAGACAUAACCGGACUGUUUGGGUCAGGGAAUUCCAUAAUAAACAGUUACAGAAUAGCAGGACAAUCCCAGUAUACAACCUGGGUGGCUAAUCAAGUAGCCACCGGCGUCCAACAUCUCUCAAAUAGUAAUGAGAAUCUCAUCAAAGCAGUAAAAUCUGAAGCCCAAACCCUUCUAACAAUUAGUGAGGCCCUCUUUAACCAGACACAAUUCCUCGAGCGUGAUAUAGCCUGCCGCGCUUAUGCGCAAGAUCUGUUUACAGCAGCAAGACAGGAAAUAUUGGACCUACGUCUGAGAAAAACUCCAAGACAUGCUCUUAAAGACCUGAUUGGCAAACUUGAGUUAGAGAAAUGGUUGAAAUCAGAUAUAAGAGGAACUUUGAAAUAUUCUGAAUUGCUAACCUCUUUAAUGAUGCAUACGGGUACUGAAUGCGUUGGUUGUAUAGGAUUCUUUGUAACCUUUCCUUUAAGUAAUCCAGACCAGGUAUAUCCAAAUUCGACCACCAUACGAUCCCUGGGAACUGUAAUGAAAGACCAGGUAAUUAAGUGGGACCAUCGUAUGGGAUACAUGACUCUGAGAGGGACUGAAACCCUAUUUACCACUCGUCCCUGUUGCCACGAGACCACACAUCAUAUCAUUUGCACUUGCAACACACUUCAGCCCUUUUCACAUAACGACACAAAACUCAUCAAUAUACACUCUCUACAUGGACAUGCAGAAGCGGUUCAAGUCUCACAUACACAAUGGUGUGUUGUCAGUGAAAUGGACUCAUUCUCCUAUGGAGGCCUUACCUGCCCUGCAAAUCACACUUUCUGCCUGGAGGUAACCGAGGACUUCACCAUGGGCCACAUCAACAUUUUGGGAAGAGUACCAUUAGAUGUUGAUGUCUCUCCAUGGUGGGAUGACACCUUUUAUGAAGAAGGCACUCGAACCAUGGCCGAUACCAUGGAUUUAGUUCAGCAAGUCAUUCGACAGAUUGACUACCACCUCCAUCAGGCGCAGGUGCAGGCUAAUUUAGCAAAGAAAACUGUACAUAUCUUGACCAGCGCAUCCACCCGUUCAGCACAGUAUAUCUAUUCAUGGUGGGACUGGAUGUUUCGGAUAUGUGUUAUUGCCAGUGGCUGUAUCUUCAUCAUUACAAUACUCCAAUUCUGCUACCUCCGACAUCACAUCCAGGUUCUCAAAACCUCUACCAAAAACGCCUUCAUCCUUAGCCCUCUCCAGGUUCAACCCGUACAGAGGUUGGAGACUUCAGAGACCUAGGAAAUGACCCCUCUGGGACAAUGGUCUGCCCCAAGGGGCCAAGGGGGGAACUGUAAGGACAUAAAACUAUAGGUCUUGCAGGCCCCAAAUCUGACCAGCCUGCAGCAGUCUAUUUCAGAGCUCCGCUGACCCAGGCAAGACUGGACUCAACUCUUCAAAACACCCCUUUUAAGGAAUGCAAAGCCCUGCCGGCUCCUGAGAAUAACUGGAGCAAUACAGAAAAAGCAAGACCUUUCACCCCCUGGAGUGGCCGGAGUUCCGCAGUCAAUCCACAGAACAACAGCUGUCAGUCCCCAGACACAGACACCUUUUCCACUAGAAAUAGGAUAACUCACCACACAUAGAUGUUAGGGACAAAUACACGCAUGUUUGGUCUCGUUUGAAUAGGCAUGAGACGAGGAGUAUUACACUCUCAGAGUUAAGGCAGUAGAACUUUCCCCAAGGGAAAUAUAGAUAAUUCGGCUAAAUCUACAAAAAUGUGAAAGCCUCCCACAUGGUAGAACAAGAGAAUUAUAACCUCCCCCUAAAGUGAUCUGAUUGGCUGGGGACUUGAGAACCAAGACCAGCAAUGGCCCUAAAAUUAACUAUUGACCGAAAUUGGUCAAUCUUCAGAGACAUGCCAUCACCUGGUUGGGAUACUUAAGGAAGGGCCUCAGAAGAGGUCGGGGAGUCACUCUGUAAUCAGAGCUCCCGCAGAGAACUGGGCGAAAGUCCAUCUGUAGUCAGAUACUUUCCGCAGAACUUUGUGCACUCUCAGCUGAGGUAUGUGAUGGUUUUAUAUUGUAUUUGUCAAAAUGUAUUUACAAGUAUGUGUGGCCACAUGUCAAUGAUUGGAUAUUGUAAUAUGUUUAAUAAAUGUUGUCUUGAUUAC